GCCCCCUCACACCAACCUUUAAAAACGUCUCGCGCUCAGAAGCCGCGACUCCCGGAGGAGACUUUUCGCCGAACUCGCAGUCAUGGCACAGGCGGACAAGAUGAGCGGAGAUAACGGCGGAUCCGUUUUUCCAGACAUCGUCGAGCUUAACGUUGGCGGCCAGGUGUAUGUGACGCGGCACGCGACUCUGCUGGCUGUGCCGAGCUCACGCCUCUGGACCAUGUUCAGCCAACGGAGCCCCGCGGAGCUCAGCAGAGACAGCAAGGGCCGCUUCUUCAUUGACCGCGACGGGGCUCUGUUCAGAUAUAUUCUGGAUUACCUGCGGAACUUGACGCUCGUGUUGCCAGAUUAUUUCAGGGAGAGGGCGAGUCUCCAAAAAGAGGCAGACUUUUUCCAGCUACACGAUCUGUCUAAACGUCUCCUAUCCUUGACGAGCAAAGAAAACUCCCCGAGCGAGGAGGUGUGUCGUGGCGAUCCUGAGGAAGCUAUGCUCGGGGCUCUUGCGAGCACGAGCCUGGCUGCGUCUCCCGGCAGCACAACAAACCCCUGCUCGCCCUCUCUUGACCCACGGAAGGCGGGCUACAUCACCAUCGGGUACCGCGGUUCCUACACCAUCGGGAGGGACAUUCAAACAGAUCACAAGUUCCGGCGUGUGGCGAGGAUUACCGUGUGUGGAAAGACGUCCCUCGCCAAAGAAGUUUUUGGCGAGAAUCUGAACGAGAGCAGGGACCCAGACCGACCCCCGGAGAGAUACACAUCCCGGUACUACCUCAAGUAUAACUUCUUGGAGCAAGCCUUCGAUCAGCUCUCAGAUGCGGGCUUUCACAUGGUCGCGUGCAGCUCCACGGGCACUUGCGCCUACACAAGUAACGAUCCGAACGAAGACAAGGUGUGGAGCAGCUACACCGAGUACGUCUUCUGCCGGGACUGAACGUUCUGAACGGUCGAAAAGCUUUCAGCCAUCAAGAAGUAUCUAUUAGCCUAUCAACAUGUAAACGUCUUCGGACGACAGUGGACCUUUAUGCGCAUAGUCUAUUUAUGAUAAUGGCGAUUUUCUAUCCAGACAUGGAAUUUAAUGCAUAGUUCUGUGACCUGUUAAUAGUUAUAUUCAUAAACAACUUCAGAUUUUGUUUUAUUACAAGUUGUAUGUAAAGCAAAGUCUUAAUCUUCAAAGCUUUAUAUUGGUUUGAGUGUUAAUUUGGACUCUCAAAAUCUAUAUUUGUCAAACA